UAACUAAACCAAAAAUGAUCUCGGACGAAAAGUAUUUGAAAAAAGUCGUUUUAUCGAGUGAUGUAUACACUGCGUGCUUCCAGCACGCCCUAACCACCGAAAAAGAGGAGGUCAUGGGUCUCCUCAUCGGUGAGGUGAACGAACAAUCCUGCAUUUCAUACAUUUCCGCCUGUGUAAUUCUACACAGAAGCGACAAACAACCCGACCGAGUGGAAAUCUCCCCCGAACAGUUGUGCACGGCCAGUGGUUAUGCGGAAGAACUGGCGAGUAAAUUACACAGGCCGAUGCGGGUGUUGGGUUGGUACCACUCGCACCCCCACAUCACAGUGUGGCCGAGUCACUUAGAUGUUAGGACCCAGCUUAUGUACCAAACCAUGGACCCGCUGUUUGUGGGAUUAAUUUUUUCCGUUUAUCAGAAUGAGAGUGGCGCUGGGGCCACCGAUAACCACGUGCAAUUGACCUGCUUUCAAGCCUGCAAACGGGGGGCGGAGUGCCAAAGACGCGAAGUGGAGCUCGAGAUUGUAGACAACGAAUUUUACAAAAAUAAUCUAGAAAGUAUUUCAAGCCUAUCGCGGAUUCUAACUCAGGAAGAAGUCCAAAGACACGAAGGGCAGGGGGAUUACAUUGAGGAUGAGUUGACUAUGUUGCACAAUAACGCCCUUCAAACACUCGCCUUAGUCCAAAUUGUAUCAAAAGUCACUAAACCACUGUGUGAAGAUAUCGAAGCGAAGCUGCAAACUACAAAUUCAAAGAUUCAGGAACUGGAGAAAAUUAAUAAACAACUAACCGAUCAAGUUACUAAUUUUUAUUAAAAUAAAAUUAUUUCCACAAUUUUUUAA